AUGGAACAUACAUCUGCGAAACCAUUGUCUUCAAACGACAGAGCAAAUACCCGGGAUAUGAACUACAAGCCGACAUGGACGACAAGCGAAUACAGUAACGGGACAAGCUUUACAGUGAUCCGAAGGUUGCUCACACACAGCAAAAGUCUACAGAGUGGAACAACAGAACUUCACCGACGUGACAGCGGCGAGCUCUUGGACAGACGCAUAUUGCCAGGCUACAUCGCGAGCAGUACACCACCGUGGGUGAACAAUUGGGAGCAGUCGAAGGAGAAGUGGCUUUCCGCGAAGGAACAGCAUCUAGCAAACUACGAGUUAUAUCGUCGGCAACAGCGUCGGCAACGUUUCAAGAUUCUACCAAGGGAUGCACUUCAGAAAUACAACGAGCGGCCGGAGAGAGCAUCGAGACUCCCAGCAGAUCCAAGAGAUCCAGUGGUAGGAGCUCUACCCCGAAAUCAUGAGGAGCUUCAAUCUUUGAGAUGGAAACUCGCAGAGCAUUUGCCAGCAUGGAUUGAUGAGCAGGCACAAGCAGAGACGCGUCACUGCGUGCAUGCCGCAUCAAUCAGAAGCAAAGCGCUUCAGCAACAAGAAGAUGAAAAUACAGUCCCGCAGAUACAGGCAAUGCAAUGCAGAGAAGAGGACACAAACGAUCAGGUCCAGCGAGAAACGGAUGAGCACACAGGGGGAGGUAACCAACAAGCGGCAGUAACUAUAAAAGAGGGCGCUGUCAUGGAACAGUACCAAAACAAGGUUUUCGACGCUCUUCUCGAUGAAUCAGCUGUGAUGAAGAACAGGAAUUCCUUAGGAGGAGUCUACAUAGCGAUAUAA